AUGCCCCUCGCGUCCCCGCCCUCGGCCGGGGCCGGGGCCGGCGGCGCUUCGUCCGGCGGGCUCGGGGCCGCCGCUGCGGGCGCCGGCGGCAGCGGCGCCGGCGCGGGGCGCGCGGCCGCCGCCACCACCGCCGCGGCGGCGGACAAGGGGGUGGGCUGCGACGAGGAGAUGACGUGGCAGCGGCGGAGGCGGGUUAGCGCAGUGGUGCGGGAGGAGCUGGCUGAGGUGGCGAAGGCUCUGGAGGCUGGGUUGCCGCAGGCCUCCCGGCCCUUGCGCCGCCAGACCUCCUUCCCCGCGAUGCGCGGCCCCGAGGACUCCCCUCAGACGCAUCUCAUCCCCACGCCUAGCGGCCCCCCAAGCGGAGCUGCGACGCCCGGCAUGUCCUCCCCUGUCGUCGGCAUCGCUGGCAACGGCAACGGUGGCAGCAGCAGCAACAUCGGCUACCGCAGCGCGUGGCAGCAGCAGCAGCCGCGGCUGCUGCGGGCCAGCCUGCUGCAGGAUGUGCCGGCGGCGCCGCCAGCUGCGGUCGGGCGGAAGCGGCCGGCGGACGCGGCUGCAGAGCAGCUGGCUGCCAAGGUCCUCGCGGCGCACAAGGGCAACUGGGUGUCUGCCCUCCACAAACUCGCCAGCGCCGUGGGCCGCCAGCUGCAAAACGCCAGGGACGCCCCCAGCUUGGAAAGCGACGGCCCCGACAGCGGCGGCGCCGGCGAUCACCAGCAGCAGCAGGCGCCGCACCCGGGGCCGCAGCCCCAGCUGACUGAGCCAGAGAUCGCGGCACGGGAGGCGCGCCUCAAGCGCGUGCUCGUGCACGGCACCCGCGCGGCGAGGGCGGUGGCGACGCAGGGGCCGGGCGCUGCGGGCGGCGUGCACGCGUCCGCGUCGGCGGCCGCGGCUGGUCAGCAGUGGCAGCAGCUCCAGCUCGACCAGCAGCAGCAGCAGCAGCAGCAGCAGCAGCAGCUUCCCGCGACCCCGGCCUUCCAAAAUACGCAGCGGCAGCUGCAGCUGGGCCCUCACGACCAGCCGCCGGGCGGCCCGCCGGGCGCCGCGGACUCCCCCCUCGGGUGCUCGCCCCCGGGGCCGGCGCUGCCGCAGGCGUGGAACGCCAGCGCCCCCAUGCCCCACCAGCGGCCGCGCCCCGGGCCCUCAAGGCUCGCGCACCAGAGCAGCCUGCAGGCAUGGCACACGGCUUUCCAGGAGGAGGCAGCGGCACUGGAACAGGCAGAGGCCCUCUGUUCGGCAGAGGCGCCGCCGGCGCAGCUGGCGCGGCCGCCGUCGCCGCAGGACCCGGUGCUGCGGCUGCAGCAGCUCCACCUGCAGCAGGUCCAGCUGGCGCUGCUCGGCCAGCCGGCGCCCGAAUUCCGGCCGGACGUGGCCGCGGCCGCGGCAGGGCAGCUGCUGUCCGCGGCGCCGGCGGCCCUGCUGCAGCAGCGGCUGGCCGCGUACCUAGACGAGCCCAUCAUCAGCCUCAAGGAAGCACGCCGCGAGGCGCGCAGCCGCAGCUCGACGCCUGCCUUUGGCACGCCACGUGCGGGGCAGGCAGCCGCCGCCGCGGCGUCGCACCCGUUCGGCGCGGCUCCGGUCGCCGGCGGCGCUGCGGCGAUGGACGUCGACGCGGGGCACGGCGCCGGGGCCCCGGGCCAUCAGAUGGAUGAGGAGGAUGAUGAGGGGGACGACCCGAUCGCGGCGCAGCUGGCGGGGGCAGCGGGGGCUGCGGGCUGCGGCGAUCUUGACCUUGCGGGGACCGAGCGCUUUGACUUUGACCUGGUCGAGCCCGAGGCUGCGGCGGCCGUGGGGGCCGGCGGCGGCGGCGGCGGAGGCGGCGGCCACGUUGUGCCCGUAACGGGCGAGCUGGCGCAGCUGCGGCCUCACCAGCUGGCGCGGGCGGCGCACCAUUAUCACCAGCAGCAGGUCGUUUUGCAGCAGCAUGCGCAGCUGCAGGCGGCGCACUUACAGGUGCAGGGGGCAGCACUGGUGCCCCAGGCCCCUGCUGAAGUGAAGUGCGAGGACGGGGCGGUGGCGUUUGGCGCUGCACUGCAGCUGCAGCUGCAGCCCCAGCCGCAGCCCCGGCCGCCGUCACCGCAAUAG